AUGUCGUCUCAAGAAUCAAUAACCGAGACCAAAUCCUCAACCACAGCAACAAAAUUCCUACCCGAUAACAACUCGACCAAAUCUACGCUCGAAUCCAUACGCAAGAAUUCCCCAGCUUUAGACUCUCCUGAUCGACUUCGCGAGAGCCUUCGUAUUGUCCAACGCGCCGACGCCUAUUCUGCCAAUCAAGGAAAAACCAUACUCUAUUAUAUGGUCAAUCCAAAUGAACUUCGUGAACAUCAUAAAGUGUGGCACUAUUUCUACCUGUGCGUCUUAAUCACCGCGGCUUUCGCAGCUAUUUUUAUCGGUCCGGUCAUAUUCGGUAUGUUGGCCAUGUUUGCUGGAAUUGGCGCGCCGAUUGCGCUGUCGUUUCUUGGCAGCGGUAUUGGACUACUUUCGGGUAUCGGUUUUGGUGUAUUAUUGGCCGUUGUUUGUAUCGUUGCCUUGGUAAGAGCUGUUGGCAUAGCUGCCGAGUGGAUUUUGAACACAUUGUGGUAUGGCGGAAGCGAUUUGUGGGAGAUUACUAAGGCGCAGAUGAAGUAUAUCAUUUCGUCUGAGGAUGAAUAA